AUGGCUGUUCUCACCAAGCCUGAUCUGGCAAUCGAGCGGAACACCCAACAGAUCGCAAUCGAUCAUGUCAUGGGCAAGAGAAGCGAGCUCACCCUGGGCUACUACAUCGUCAAGAACCGAGGUCCGGAUGAUGCGAACAAAAGCCUUGAGCAGGGGCAGACGGACGAGCGAAGUUUCUUUGCCAAGGCCCCUUGGUUGGUCUUGAACUCGACCGGAAAGGCCGGCAUGGACGCCCUGAAGCUGCGUGUCCGCGAUCGCUUCCCGCAACAUCUGCUUGAAGAAGGCUGGCACCCUCUAGUUGAGAUCCUCGACGUUCAUACCGAACUACUGGUUAAUGACGAUCCCUUUGGCCAAGUCACAUCUGGCCACCUACGCGUUUGA